UUGAACACUUCAGAUACGCAGAUCUACAUCUCCCAAAGCACAGAAUACCAGCACGCCAACAAACGCCAAGCCCCAGACGUCAUCAGCAGAGUCAAUAUGUCCCUCCCUGUCAGCCACACCCAUUCCGCGCCCGCAGAAAAGGCCAUCCGCGACCCACCAGAUGGGGACCAUAGGCUAGACCCCGACCUAAAUAGCCGCAUAUACUGGAACAAUAUUCCCCGCUACGAGGACGUCGACAGAAAGGUAGACCAGGUCUGGUCCAUCCGGAUUCCCCGAGGAGACUGGGAAGCGGUAUCUUUGGGGGAUCAAGAUCACUAUUUGCGCGAAGCGCAGUGGGGUCUUACCAUGGACCCGAGUCUUGCGAAAGCGUGUCAAAAGGCCGGGUUCAUUGUUGAAGGAGCGCGCCUCAACGUGCUUGCAACUGAUUCCAUGCAGACACAAGAGGAUUCUCGAAUCAUGGCGUGGUAUAGGGGCAACAAGCGUGGGCGUAGAAUAGCCGGCAAAUGGGUUACACUUAACCAGCUGAACUGCACCGAAAACCUGCUGCGCUUCCUGAGUCACCCCAAGGUAGACGAUGUCUUGCCGCCAGAUCGUCGACAGUUGGUUAGGCGCCUGAACUUUGGGGAGGAGUUUUCGGAUGAGAAGCUUCCAGACGACGAGCGGAGCUCGUUGACCCCAGGGCAAUCUCGCAUCAGGAGGUCGCCUAUUCCGUCUCAGACUGGUUCUGCGGGAACGGCUCAGCCCGCAUUGCCUUCUUUCUUCGACACGGUACUCGGCACGUCACCUCCUGUUGCUCAGCCCGAUACUGCAGGGACGGCUCAGCCCGCAUUGCCUUCUUUCCUCGACACGGUACUCAGCACGUCACCUCCUGCUGCUCAGCCCGAUACUGCAGGGACGGCUCAGCCCGCAUUGCCUUCUUUCCUCGACACGGUCCUCAGCACGUCACCUCCUGCUGUUCAGCCCGAUACUACAGAGCCGGCUCAGCCAGGCCCGAGUAAGUAAGCGGUUUGUUCUUUACAGGGAAUCUCACGCCGAGAAGGAGGCUUUUCUUAUACGGCUUUGUUCUUCUGGAUUCUUCCGCUUCCUACUACAUUCAGACUUAGAUUGGGAUUUGGUAGUUGAG